UCCAUGCCAUAAUGAAUGAAUCAGCCAAUCGUAUCAGUUCCUUUAUGGAUCUCGCGAGAGCCACAUUCAGGAACAAGUAGAAUUCUAAAAGGGUGUUUCAGACCGGCCAAUUCUGUCAGGAUAAUCAGAAGUGACUGGGAACUCGAACUGGCCUCAGGAUUCAAAUUCAGACCUGUGUCUCAGAUCAAAACUGACCCAGAGACUCCUCUUGAGAUGGACUCCAACUUGAGAAUCGGCUUCAUCGGGGCAGGAAACAUGGCCUAUGGGAUAGCUAAGGGACUCCUGCAAUCCGGAGAUGUCCCGCCCACCAGUGUUAAAGUGAGUGCACCCUCUGCACGGAAUUUUGUUCGCUUUCAGGAGUUAGGGGUGGCGGUCACUCACUCCAAUGAAGAGGUUAUUCAUAGCUGUAACCUGGUGUUUGUGGCGGUCAAACCACACCUUGUUGCUGCUGUUCUCGGAGUCAUCACAAAAUAUGUCACCCAGAAACACAUCAUUGUUUCUGUGGCAGCUGGUGUAACCCUGGUAACGCUUGAGGGGCUCCUGCCGACUGGCUCUGUGGUUCUGAGGCUGAUGCCCAACCUUCCCUGUCUGGUCCAGCAGGGGGCGCUGCUGUUCUCACGGGGGACACAUGCUCAACCGGAGGAUGGGGCUCUGCUCCGCUCUCUCCUUCAGCCCUGUGGCCUGGUGGAGGAGGGGCCCGAGGCCUGGAUAGACAUCCACACUGGCCUCAGUGGCAGUGGGGUGGCCUUUGUGUAUCUGUUUGCAGAGGCGCUGGCAGAGGGCGCUGUAAAGAUGGGCAUGCCGAGUGCUCUGGCCCAUAGCAUCGCUGCUCAAACUGUAUUGGGGGCAGGCCAGUUGUUGCGAGACUCAGGGAAACAUCCAGCCCAGCUGCGUUCAGAGGUGUGUACCCCAGGAGGCACUACUAUCUUUGGGCUUCAUGCCAUGGAGCAGGGAGGUGUGAGGGCUGCCACAAUGACAGCUGUGGAGAUUGCUACUGAACGGGCCAGAGACCUUGGCAGGAAGCCAUCACACAUAGCAACAGAUAACAGGAAGUGAUGUUAUUUCAGCCCAUACGGAUUAAGGAACUGAUGACUGUGUUGGUGCUCAAUGCACAUUGCAAUGCUUUCUGUUUUCAACUUUAAUGUUAUGUUGGUUCCUAACCUACCUACAAACCUAACUGUGAAGGAAUUUAAGGCCACAAGAAGAAUACAUUAAGAAGAAACCAGAGGACACUUGUACAUGGACAUUAAAUGAGAGCCUAUCCAGUUAUCUUAAUAAUUUAUGAAUGUUCACUUGAAUGAUUAAAGUGAAUUUACUGGUC